UCCCCGAUGCUCACUGGUCUUCCAACCCCCUUCUCCAUUGAUCCACCUCUCUCCUUCCGCUCGAUAAUUACAGUUUCAGUUAUGGAAUCGCUGCCGGAAAAUGCCACCGACGGCUUCGAUCGGCUGCCGGACCCGAUCAUUCUCACAAUUUUCAACAAUAUAUCCGACAUCAAAACCCUAAUCCGAUGCCGAGCUGUAUCACGCCGGUUCAACUCGCUUGUACCUCAAUCGGACUCCCUCCUCCUCCGAGUUGACCGAGUAAUCUCCUCAGCUGACUCCGACGACGACGGCGACACCUCUUCCGUCAUUGGUUUCAUCAAAUCCAUUGUCAAGUCAAUCCAGGACCUAAUAUCUCCUCCUACAGGUCAUACGCUGCAAAGCACUAGCAGUCCUCAUCAAUCGCAGAACUCUCCGGCGAUGAUCCUACGUGGAUUUGAGAGGAUUAAAGAGCUUGAGAUCGAGUUGCCGACGGGGGAUCUGAGGUUGGAGAAACGAGCGGGGAUCAAGUGGAAGGCGGAGUUUGGGAAGACGUUGAAGAGCUGCGUGAUCCUAGGGUUUCGUUGUGUUGGAGUAGGGGAAUCGGAUCUCGGCGGUGGUGGUGGUUUGAAGACGAGGGUCGUGUGGACGAUAAGCGCGUUGAUUGCGGCUUCAGCGAGGCAUUACAUGGUGAAGGAAAUUGUCAAAGAAAACGUGCACCUGUCGAAGUUGAUAGUCAAAGAUAGAGAAGGUGAAGGAACGGUAGUUAUGAAUGAAUCAGGGAUUAAAGAGUUUAGGGAAGAUAAAGCAGAAAAUCAAGAUGAGGAAGAAGGGCAACAUGGUAACGUAAAUGGUGGUGGCGUCUGGUGGAGGAGUAAUCGGACAAGGGUGCCGGCGGUGUGGAUGAGAAUGAGGCAUGAGGCAAAAUUGGAGCUAUCCAACGGUGUAACAAUGGAAGGUGCGACGUUGGUGGUGGUGAGACCUACUUCAAAUGCCAUUGGGGUGGCGGGUGCCACCGCAGAGGAAGCUGAGGAGGAGCAGAGGUGGGAUGAAGGAUUGGUGGCUGCCGGUAGAGGAUUUGAUGGAAUGUACGGGGAGGCCGUGGAGAAACUGAUCAAACGACGGAGUUAUCUCCUUGAAAUGAAUUCCUUUUAAUUCCAGCGGUCAGUUUCUCAGUUUCCUUAGUAUUUCUUGUUCUUCAAUUUCUCCUAAUGUUUCUUCUAUUAUGCAUAUAGAGUUAAUCCUUUUUGGUUUUCUUAUGCUGCUAAUGUAAAUUAAUAAAUUCUUGCUGAUAGAAUCAAUGAAUUGUAUGCUUCAGAUUAA